AUGGCUUCUUCUACCACGACGACACUCCCCGAGGUGCCCGCGAAACAUGACGGCUUCAUUCCAUUCGUGGCUAGCCACCCAGACAAGUCCAUCGUUGAAUUGCUCGAGCCGUACAAACAGUAUGACGCCAAGCUCCGGGAAAUAUACGCUCAGGAGCCGCAGCAUCCAGCGCUGGCCAACCCUUUCGUCAACGUUGUUCCUCUAUUCAAUGGUCAUGAAGCUGAUCUCAAAGUUCGUGCUCGUGACUUGAGCUCCGAAUCUGCUGAGGAGAAAGAUAGGUAUAUCAUGUCUCUCGAUGAUGAGGACCGCAAGCAGAGUGGUGCUCCAGCUGUUGUUCCAGAUCUCAAGACUUUUCAGCAGAAUCUCACCGUCUUUUCCGAAUCAUCCCUGGUUGACCUUGACUGGAACAAUGUCGUGGCCGCUGGCAGCUCCGUGGUCACCUCUCUCUUGCCCGUUCCGGAGAAAUAUAAAUCUUCCAAGAGGGCUCUCCGACAAUACUAUCAUGAGAUAGUAGCCCCUGCUUCUGAUGUCGAUUUGUUCCUGUACGGCCUGAGCGAGGAGGAGGCAGUCAAGAAGAUCAUCCAGAUCGAGACCAAGAUCAGAGACGCCAUUCUGACUGAAACGACUACGGUUCGUACCAAGAACGCCAUCACGAUUGCCAGCCAAUAUCCCACACGCCACGUGCAGAUCGUUCUCCGUAUCUACAAAUCUGUUUCGGAAAUUCUUACGGGGUUUGAUGUCGACUGCUCCUGUGCAGCCUAUGAUGGGAAACAGUACAGUCAUAGAGGGUUCGAGGUUUAUUGGCCUCUGUUGGACCGCUCCAGGAUCGAUCCAACUAUAUUCGAGCGGUCGUUUGCUCGUACUGUUGGUCUUGCUAGACUGCUUGUCUUGGAGAAACUCCCAACAUCCUCUGAACGUGAUUCUUACAUGGAUCAACGUCGAAAAGAGCGAGGACGGCCGACGCUCAACACACACAAUCGAUACAGUCAUAGGACGUGGGGUAACCUUAAAGACGACCACGAAGAUGAGAUCGCAGAAUGGGUCGAGCAAGACGACGUCAGCGACUACCAUACCUUUACUGUCCCAUACGGUGUCAAAUUCCAUGCGAAGAAGAUAGAGAAGUUGCUCUAUACCAAAGAUCUUCUUCUUAACGCGGAAUGGAACAAGCCCAAAGACCGAGAGGUCAACCUGCAUCGGCAUCCUGCUUUCUUCGGAUUUGCGGAAGACGUCAUUCAUGACUGUUGCGGUUUCUGCCCAACACCGUUCACACCAGAGGAGCACGAUGCGGCGGAGACAGAGAGCAAAAUCUAUGUUUCGGGGGAGAUUUCUUUCAUCAAAGACGAUGCGGGAAGACAAGCAAUUGGUAGUUUCAAUCCGAUCACAGACGACGAUUGGACCGAUAUGGCAUAUGUAGGAAACACAGCACAAUUGUGUCAAGCCAUCGUUGAUGGCGAUCUCGAACACGUUCAGGACUGGCUUUCCCAGGAAGGAUCCGAUCCCAAUUGCCGCGAUUAUACCGGACGAACUCCGCUGCACUUAGCGGUCCAGAGCUCGACACCAGAAAUUGUCCAAGCACUCAUCGAUCGAGGUGCCCGCUUAGUGGCCAGACUGGCGGAUGGUCGCACGGCCCUACAUCUUGCAGCCGCCAGGGGUAAUGUAGAAAUGGUCAGUAUGAUCAUGCAGAGAAGUGAAGCAAACGAAGAAGACGAGAUAAAGAAGGAAGAUCUCCGCAAGGAAGUUAGAAUCGCAGCUAGGAAUGUGGUCAAACCCGACGAUAAGAGCGAGGCAGAUGAGGAGCAUGAACAAGAUAAAGAGAGCGAUGGAGAACUAAUCGACGACGAACAGUCUAAUGACGACUUCAGAUCCACCACAACAAGCUCUUUUGUUCAGGUCAAGGACAAGACGUCUGAGAAAGAGGUAGACGACGACGCGGACGAGGAGCCAGAUUUCUAUGACGUAAACGUACUGGCUUGGGACACUGGAUGCUCGCCACUCCAUCUUGCGAUCGUCAACGGGCACGUUGACGUUGUCAAAGAGCUUGUUCAAUCGUACGGCGCCGAUGUACUUCUGCCGAUCAAGCUCCUCAACGAUUACGACAAAUCCCCUCGUGCAGCAAUCCUCACUCUAGCUCUGUCUCUCCAGCUUCCCCUGGAAAAGGCCAAGAAAAUGACUGAAACACUAUUAGAACUUGGCGCUUCUUCGGCUCAGGCUGAUAUAAAUCAGACUACCGCUCUCCAUUAUUUCGCAGGCGUGAAUCCAGAGCUAUUGCCCGUCCUCUUUGAGCAUGACGAACCUGCAGCAAAGCGCAGUAUCAAUCAUCUCUCAGUCACAGGCUCGGCAUGGAGUCCCUUUUCGCAGAGCCCGUUGAUGACUGCUAUCGAGAGCCGCAAUACUAUUGGGGUCAUGAAGCUGCUCAACGCGGGUGCCAAAACGACGAUCGAAUUUUCGGAUUGGAUGAAAUCAAUAACCGUGAAGUACGAUGAGUUUGCUUCACGAGAUUCGAAACAAAACCAGUCCGCUUUCGUCAGGGACCUGGAACAGCCAAUCAUCCUGGCUGUACAGAACAAACUUCCCUCGGUGGCGAUAGAGCUCCUGAGCCGUGGCGCUGAUCCCAACACUUUGACUAAGGAUACCAAGCAGUGUAUCACAGACGAAUGGAUGAGGAGUUAUCGCAAAAUGGAAAGCCUUCUGGAUCUUGUGCAGGAGAAACUGAAAACUUUGAGGGAGUUUACCGCUCUCACCGAGUUAAAGCAGCCCGACCCACGAGUCGUUGAUGGCGAGGACUACCUGAAGGAACUGAGGGAAGGCACCUACAAGCAUUUUGCAGGCAACAUAGCUCUUAAUCGGGCUAAGAAGACGGACGAGGUGGCUCAAAAGCAAUACGAGCGCAACCUGGAAGACGCCAAGAAUAAGAAAGGCAUCACGGAGAAGAAAAGGGCUGUGGAAGGCUUAAUUCUAGAAUUCGAAAAACUAGAGGCGCUUCUAGUCCAGAAGGAAUCGAAGACACUGAAGGAGCUGCACCCAGACCUGGACCUGUCUAAAUCUAAUCGGGGGACAAACUGGAACACGAGAUCGCAGGAUCCUAAACCGAAUCCAUUUAAGCUUGAGUUCGGCUUCAACAAAGUGCAUGAUCUUGAUGAUGAGAAGCGCGAUGCUUAUCUGGAACUAUUUCAAGCAGUCUGGGCCGGAGAUAUCGACUCGAUCAAAAAGUUUACGCUCGCUCCUUGGGGGGAUGAUUCGGAUCGAACGCCCCUCAAGAUCGCCGUCACUGACGACGAGGGCUUCUCUCCCUUCAGCAUUGCUAUCCUUCGCCACCAUUUUCCCGUUGCGAAGGCUCUCCUAGAGAUAGCGAAAGCGCAAUACAAGCCAACCGAGGCCAAAGGCACAGAGAUAUACAACCUAGCGGAGAGUGACGACGAGUAUAGCGAGGAGGAAGAAGAUGACAGCGAUAACGAUAUUCGGAUCGACAAACAGAUCAUUGACAAGCCGUUCACCAUCGAAAAUAUCGGAGAGAUCUCUACCCAAGUCAAAAGCACCACUCAACCUGCGGAAAUCCUUUCAUGGUCAUGCGACGUUUGGAAAUACUUUGAGGUGCUUCCCGAUGGCCGUGUUUACUUCUAUGGAUCUUCCACUCGUAAGGCCGACCUACAUAAAGUAGACAGCCUAUUGAAAUUCGCCAUAUUUUCGAACGACGACGAGCUAUUCAAGUUUCUUCUUGCGCUUAGUACGGAGUACAAGAGCGCCUCGGUGGAAGAGAUGCCUCGUGUUCCGACAUUUUCGAACUCCGACUUUGAAUACGCAAUCGGCCUGGGGCGUUUCGAUUUGCUCGGCCAAAUGAUCAAGCAUGCUGGUGCUGGCCUCGCGCUGGAUGCCUUGGUCAAAAAAAGCGGUGUCAAGAUUGAAGAGCGUCCCCGUUACUAUCAAGGUCUGAGUGUUCAUGGCACUAAGCGCAGCGAUUGGGCUGCUGCUGGACGGCGCUCUCAGAUGCGAACAACGGUCAGCGAAAGCUGGCCGCCUGCGCUCUCUGCUGCUGCAAACGGAAACAUAGAGAGCGUCGAAUGGUUCCUGGGAGACACCCCGACGAGAUUGUAUUUGGAAUUCGCCGAAACCAACAAAGCGGACAAACGUCUGCGACAGCUUGCUCAAGCAAAUGGAGGAUUUGACAAGGUGCUUUCGACUUGGUUGGGCGCCCGACGUGAUCUGAUCAUCCACAUGGCGGUGCUCUCGAAGCCGUCUUCGGAUUCGGUUCGUCUCCUUGAAUAUCUUAUCAAAGCCGUACCAGACUCUCUCCACACUAAGUCGACGAAAGGCUACACUCCUCUCGCUCUCGCCUUCGCCCUUCGCCGAGUCGCCGCAGCACGCACCCUCAUUGCCGCAGGUGCGGAUCAGACGACACGAGAUCACUCCGGCAACAACAUUCUCCACAUCCUGUUCAAUGGGAUCAAUUCCCAGGCCCUGUUUCAUGGCAUCAACUCCCCGGCCAAAACAAAGAAGGAUGGUCUACAAAAGAUGUUGGAACUGAUCGAUCCUCGAUUGGUGUCUUCCCUUCUGACGGAGCGCUCGCAAGACGGGCCUGGUGCAGCUACUCCCCUUGCACUUUGGCUCCACUCAAGCAAUCAAAGCGGCUACUACUAUUUUGGACACCACCGCUCAGGAACUGAGAACCAGAAUAACGAGACAGAGGAGAAGGUUGCUACGCUUCGCACUAUCCUUGACUUCUCCAGCAAGACCGGGUACGAGCAUCUUGAGCUUCUUGAUGGGGCCGGAGACACCCCUGUCCAUAUGGCCACCAAGCUCCAGCUUCACGACUCCUUGAAGCUGAUGCUUGAGCGGAGGCCUGACCUGCUCUACCGCGAGAACGCGACUGGUCGUACGCCAGCUGAGAUGGCAGAAGACGCCUACAUCGCUGAGCGAGUCAAGGACGUACCGCAAUUCCACAAGAACAACACUAGCAUUACCGACCGAUCGCAAGAGAGUUUCGUUGAGGGUGCCGAAGAUGACGCGAAGAAAGCCACCGAGCGCGAGAAGAUCUGGACGCUUUGCAGGACUAUCUUGGCGGAUAAGCCGGCGAGGCGACGCUUGGUCAGUCUGUUUGAGGCUAAUGAGGUCGCGAAGAGGCUGGCGUCGAGGAAGAAGAAGUCGGCUAGGGACGCGACUGGUCGCCCCGUUGUCGACGCCAAUGGCCAGGGGCAGGAAGUGGAGGAGACCACUGAGGAUGAGGUGUCGAAGUUCUAUAGCACUGCGGCGGGAUGGGAUGAGGAUGAUGCUAUGGACGACGAGCAGUAGGGGCGAGGUGUGUGGGAUGAUAAAAUGGUAUGAAAGCACCUGGGAUUGUUCCGGCCUUGAAACUGGGCUCAAAAAUGCAUGGGGUGGCAAUGCUCUACGGUAAAUGUGGCGAACAACGGUCAUAAUGGUAGUACAAAAGUAGUCUAUUGUACUUAGCUAUCCAAGUAUGAUAUAAAACAACAUUGUCCAAAUACCCCC